AUGCGCAGCGCAACUCUCUCCGUUCUUGCCCUGGCCGGCGCCGUGGCUGGUCAAGCUUCCUCGGGUAGCGGCCGAACCACCAGGUACUGGGACUGCUGCAAGCCCUCGUGCGCCUGGCCCGACAAGGCCGCCGUGAGCGCCCCGGCCCGCACGUGCGACAGGAACGACAACCCCCUCGGCCCCGAGGCCCGGAGCGGCUGCGACAGCAACGGAGUUGCGUUUACGUGCUCGAACAACCAGCCGUGGGCCAUUAACGACAAUGUCGCGUUUGGUUUCGCUGCCACUGCUAUUAGCGGUGGUACCGAGGCGUCGUGGUGCUGUGCUUGUUAUGCUCUGCAGUUCACCUCUGGUCCUGUGGCUGGCAAGACUUUAGUCGUCCAGUCGACCAACACUGGCGGUGAUCUCGGUCACAACCACUUUGAUAUCCAGAUGCCCGGCGGAGGUCUGGGCCUCUUCGACGGCUGCACGCCUCAAUUCGGCUUCCAGUUCCCCGGCAACCGCUACGGCGGCACCACCAGCCGCAGCCAGUGCUCGGAGCUCCCCGCCUCCCUGCAGGAGGGCUGCUACUGGCGCUACGACUGGUUCCGGGACGCCGACAACCCAGACGUCAACUGGCGCCGCGUGCAGUGCCCGGCCCAGCUGACCAACAUCUCCGGCUGCCGCCGCCAGGACGACGGCAACUACCCCGUCUUCGACGUCCCCUCGCCCUCCCCUCCUCCCACCAACCCGCCCCCUACCAACCCGCCUCCUACCAACCCGCCUCCUACCAACCCGCCUCCUUCCACGCCUCCUCCGUCGGGCAGCCCCGUGGAGGUCUGGGGACAGUGCAAUUCGCAGGACUGGCCCGCCCCCCGGCCUUGCGUGUCGGGUACGAGCUGCGUUGAGCUGAACCCGUGGUACUCGCAGUGCCAGCCUUAAGAAGAAGUAGGGCUCUUGUAGUUACGGUUACGAUGGAACAGGGGAUGAGACUGGGUCUCUCUCCCCCAUGAGGAAACGGGGGGGGGCUUCGGUUCAGAUACAUAGAAUCUAGGGCCAGCGUCGAGCUGGACCGGUUCCUCGUGUUCUUCGUACAACGAACCCGAACCGGCGAAACGAAAAGGGUACAUUGCAACCUCUUAUCAUUUGUAUACCAGUGAUCGCGGACAAUGGUAGACAGGAUGAACUCCAUUCGCAUGAUCAACCUUGUAGGGC